CCUGAAGUUAAUAAAUGGAUAGAGACACGCAACAUAUUAAUAGGCCAAACUAAAAACCCCUAUGAUUUUAGGCGAUCAGUUGGGGGCUCUUCAGGUGGAGAAGCAUCGUUAAUCAGUGCAUGUUGUACAGCGUUCGGUUUGGGCACAGACAUCGGCGGCAGCAUUCGUAUACCUGCUUUCAACUGUGGGAUUUUCGGGCAUAAACCCAGCGAAGGCGUAGUCAACAUGCGAGGUUGUACUUUCCGCAGUGGGGAUGAGAAAAACACAAUGGUUAGCGCUGGACCAAUGAGUCGGCAUGCUGAUGAUUUGAUACCAAUUUUAAAAGUACUCAUUGAGCCAAAAUUUAAAAAGCAACUGCGUUUAGAUGAAGCAGUUAAUCUGAAAAACUUGCGUUACUUUUAUAUACCAAGUAAUAAUAUGAUGCAUUGUAAUACAGUUGGUUCCGAGGAGCAAAUGCUCAUGUUCAAGAUUUGUAAUCAUUUUUCCAACUUAUCGGGUGCGGAAGUAAAAUUGGCUAGCUUACCGCAUCUCGAAUUAUCGGGAAAAAUGUGGCGUUACUGGAUGACGCAGGAAAAAACCAACUUUAACAAAUUAUUAGGCAACGGUGCAACUUUAAACCCCUUUAUUGAACUAUUCAAGAAAUUAUUAGGGCGUAGUGACUUCACAAUGGCUGCAAUUUACUCAUUGAUUGAUUCUUUGCUACCCGAGGAGAAGGAACAACAAAUUCGCGAGGCAACUCGAAAUUGCAAGAAAGCCCUGGAUGAACUUCUGGGUGACGAUGGUGUAUUGUUUUUCCAUAGUUCGCCGCGCACUGCCCCCUACCAUUACUAUCCCUUAGUUAAAUUCACUGAUUUUAGCUACUUUAGUAUCUUCAAUGUUCUCCGCGUGCCAGUAACACAAGUGCCGAUGGGCUUGAAUAACAAGGGAAUGCCUAUGGGUGUACAAGUUGUGGCAUCGGAAAUGAAUGAUAGACUAUGCCUACACGUCGCCAAAGAGUUGGAACGAACUUUUGGGGGAUGGGUACCUCCACAUAGAGAACAAUAAAAUAUAGUAUGAAAUACUCUUUCUUAAUUUUAAUUUUAUAUUAAUGUAAUGUUAUGGAGAUUGGAAUGGAAUAAGGUGGCGGUUUUGAACUUGAAUAUUCAUAUAUGUACUUGCAAUGGUAUUAAAUCUAAAAAAAAAA